UGACGGGUCUGGACCUGCUUUGCCUUUCUGUUUUGGUCCUUCGGUGCCACUUCAGCCCCUGACUCUGCUGUGCGGCUUUCUGCAGGGAGAGGAACCACCAUGUUGGCUCUGGUGCUCUUCUUGCUUUGUGCGGCCUCCGCCGUGACCUCCUCCACCAAAGGUGUUGCUGCUGGACCUCGGCUGGACAACAACCAGCUGUACAAAUUCAGCUACACCACAGAGGUCCUGCUGGACAAGGCCCGAGGGUCCAGAGAGGGCGGCGCCGGCUACAGAAUCUCAAGUGACGUGAACGUUAACCUAGUUUGGAGAGACCCGGGCAGCAAGGAUGACCAGCUGGUCCGACUGGUGAUGUCAAAUGUGAGGAUUGAGCCUGCGUCUCUGAGGUCAGAGAAGAAGAACGUCCUCCAUGGGACCACGACUGAGAGCGUCCUGGGAAAAACCAACCUGGCAGCUCUGACCAAACCGUUCCUGGUGCACCUGAAAAAUGGAAAGACAAAAGCCUUUUAUUCCUACUGGGCAGAACCUGCAACCAUCAAGAAUCUAAAGCGAGGCCUCACCAGCUUGUUGCAGCUUCAGCUCCACACCGGGAAGGUUGUCGAGAAUGAUGUGUCUGGGCGGUGCACCGUUCAGUAUCAGGCAUCACAAGGUCAAGUAACACGAACCAAGCUCCUGGAGACGUGCAAGACUUCCGAGACCGGAUUCACCACGCACAGUAAGGUGUUGGGUGUGAGCAAGAAGUCCAGCUCUGUUACGAUUUUCAAACUCAAAGAUGGUUUCAUCAAAUCAGCCGAGGCAGAAGAAACGCACACCCUGGCUGUUAAUUCUCACAGGACUGCUGCAGCUAAAGUUGUGUCCAGGCAAACCCUCGUGUUGGUUGGGACGGAGGCUGGACCGUUUGAGGUCGCUGGCAAAGAUGUUGCCGGCGUUGUCAAGUCCGUCGAUCCCAAACUGGCAGCUGUUGGUAUUGCUGCUGAUAAGGUCAAAACAAAAUGCAAAGGCUGUCCAUCACUUCUUGAACAUUGGCAGGCUGUCCAGAAGCAGCUGGAGCCAGCCAGCCUGUCCAAAGCCACGGCUCCUCGCAGCUUCCUGGCCCUCCUCCAGAGCAUUCGGAAGGCGUCCAAAGACGAGAUCCUCAAAGUGCUGAAAAGUGCCAGCAAGACCUCUCUACCUCAGGUGGUGGACGCUGUGACGUCUUCUCAAACCCCUGCGUCUCUGGAUGCCAUUCUCGAGUUCCUCAACUUCACCGACUCCAAGGGUUUGGUUCUGCAGGAGAGGUUCCUUUAUGCGUGUGGCUUUGCCUCGCAUCCUAACGAGAGGAUGCUGCAGGCACUGCUGGAUAUUUAUAAAGGAAAGAUUGGCAGCAAAGACAUCAGAGAAUCAGUGGUGAUCAUCAUGGGAGCCCUGGUCCGCAAGCUGUGUCUGAAAGGAGACUGUAGUUUACCGACAGUGAUGCAGGUGAAGAAGAUGAUCUUAGAAGGUCCUGAGAGCACUAAAGAUGAGGCAGAGAUCCAGAUGUACCUCCUGGCCCUGAAGAACUCCCUGCUGCCUGAGGCCGUUCCCAUCCUCAACAGGUUUGCUGAGUCCGAGGUCGGGUCUUACAGCACCAUCGCCCUGACUGCCCUGCAGAGAUAUGACGUCAGUCUCAUAAACAGUGAGGUGAAACAGACAGUGAACCGGGUCUACCACCAGAAUCUACGGAUCUAUGAGAAGAAUGUGAGAGCUGCUGCGGCGGACGUCAUCCUGAGCAGCAACCCCUCCUACAUGGAGGUCAAAAACCUGCUCCUGUCCAUCGGAAACCUUCCUCAUGAAAUGAACAAGUACAUGCUGUCGAAGAUCCAGGACAUCCUUCGCUUUGAAAUGCCAGCCAGCAAGGUCAUUCAACAAGCUAUGAAGGACAUGAUCUCCCACAACUACAACCGCUUUGCUAAGGUUGGGUCCUCGUCUGCAUUCUCAGGAUUUAUGGCACAAUCUGCGGACGUGACCUCCACAUACAGUUUGGACAUCCUGUACUCAGGCUCCGGCGUCCUGAGGAGAAGCAACAUGAAUAUUUAUGGUUCCAGUAACGAAGCAAUGCUGCACGGACUGCAGGUGGCGAUUGAGGCCCAGGGUCUGGAGUCUCUGAUCGCUGCGACGCCGGAUGAAGGAGAGGAAGACCUGGAGUCGUUCGCCGGCAUGUCGGCGCUGCUGUUCGAUGUGCAGCUGCGACCCGUCACCUUCUUCAAGGGCUACAGUGACCUGAUGUCCAAAAUGUUCUCCAUGACGGGAGAACCCAUGAACGUGGUGAAGGGACUGAUCCUGCUCACUGACCACUCUGAGGUCGUGCAGCUGCAGUCUGGGCUGAAGGCGAGCGCAGAGUUUCAGGGGGGGCUGGCCAUUGAUAUUUCAGGAGGGAUGGAGAUUAGCCUGUGGUACCGAGAGUCCAAGACCAGCGUCAACAACCGGAAAAUGGUCAUGAUGUUCAGGAAAACCCCAGGAAGCACCGAGGUUCAGGCCUGUGACUGCUUCCAGUGA